CUUGUGUACACUCCCAGAGUGAAAAAGAUUUCCAUCUAUGAUGAUGACAGAUUUUACAGAAGAGCAUACGGGGUGAGGAGGGAAAGACACUGAGAGGUGGUCCCCAGCAUACCACUCCAAGGAAAGUGCAUCUACCUAUUCCUAAUUCUUACAGAAAGCUUUCUGCCUUUCUUCAUACACAUCUUUCCUUAAAAUCUGUCCAUUUUUCUCCCACCUUGUCUCAUGGGAACAACUGGAAUGUGGGUAGCUUCUUUCCCACUAAGUAUUAUCUCUUUUGCAUUAAUUGCCCACAUUUCAGUAGUAUAGCAGACUGUUUUCCCAUCUCCUUUGUGUCUUUUGUACCUUCCUGCAGAAUGAAAAAAUCGUAGAUGAAUGGGUGCCCUUGCAUUUUCUUUGUGCUGUUUCCAUUUCAAGAAACUGGCAAGACAGUAAUAAAUGGAUUAUAUAUCAUAGCAUAUGAUUUUUACCCUUUUUCUACGUGUACUGAUUAUAUGAGAUAAAAAAGGAGAAAGUAUAAUUUUCUAGCCUGCUCUCUAUUAUUUAGAAGCCAGGAAUGACCAUGAAGAGAGGACUUAAUAAUACUGGCCCAGUGGAGAUUACUCAAAAGGGAAAUACAUAUGGUGGUGUUAUGUUGAAAAGCAAAAAUGUGUUUGUUUUGUUCUGUUUUUUGUUUUGUUUUGUUUUGUUUUUAUUUAGGAGUGUAAGAAAUAAUUUUCAAUCUAAGCACCUUUCCUCAAAGAAACUUGCAUUCCUUGAAAGAGCUGGGUUCCAAAUCAAGUUGCUUACAUGAAAAUAUUCAGAUCACUUUUUGUCCUAGUAUUAGCUUUAUCAAAUGGUACAGUGACUUUUAACAUGGAAUGUAAUUUACUGUGUUCUAUAAAACUUCUUUUAGUUCAGCAAGAAAAUCUUAAAGGUCUACAGUCUAACUUGCCAAAUAUAACUUGAUUCAGACCAUUUAUAGGAAAAAAAAAAAAGUUACUAUUCUAGGACUUAACUCCUGUAAAGGUAGGAUUCUGACCACACCAAAGGUUAUAUCCUGUUUGCUGUUCUACAGCCAGUGACAGUCAGUAGUAGAUCAAAGAAUUACUAGGAAAAUAGAAGGUUAUGCUAAGCUUAAUUUUUAAGCUGCACAAAAAUCACUUUCUGGUAUAAUUCAUAUCAGUCACUAGAGGUAACCUAAAAUUGGAGACCUCAAUCCAACCUCAUGAUAGUUUGCUGCCUGGACUUUCUUUUCUCCUGCUCCUGGAUCACAGUGGCUAGUUUAUUCUGUCAUCCAUUCCUCUGUUUCCAUGUGGCAAGUGCUUGCAAGGAUGAAUGACUAGAGUGAUUAGCAGAAAGCAAACACAUACAUGUAUUACCUGUUCUAGUGCAGUUGAAGGUAGAAGAACAUGGAGAGUAUGCUGGUACACUAAAACAGGAAGGUUGCUUAGUAAAUGCAGCUUAUUUUCUUUAAAAACUCAGGAUCGGCUUAUGACGCUUGGACUAUUUCCAGCUGCCUAGGCCUGUAUUUCAAAGCUGGCCUUGAAACUCAGUGGAGUUCCAAGAUAAUGGCUAGGAGACAGCACAAUAAAAGUUGUUCAAGUGAACAAUGAACCAUGUGCCUCCUUCUUAAAGCCUUUAAUUCAAACUACCUUAAAUAGAUCUUUAAAUAAAAAUACUACUUACAAAUUUUAACUACCAAACUGAAAUAAGGUGUAAUAAAGGCAGAGGAGUUACUGCUGUUGGAAAUUUGCAACUGACAUUUCUAAGAGAUUUUAGAAGCAGCUGGUUUGCUAUACAUCACCAGGAAAUACUCUGGUUCAACAAGUAUUUAAUUUGUAACAGCUUUUAAAUCUGAAUGCUAAUGCAGGGGGGUGGGUAGACGGGUGUUGUGUGGAGGUCUAUCACUACUUUGAUAUAGCAGUCUUCUUAAUUUGUAGUGGUUACAAAUGCAGCGUGAACUCAGUUUGAGGAAACUAACAGAGGGUUCAGAGUAUCAAGAGGAACUAAAAUAUGACUUCGAUAUAAAAGGGGAACUGAGGCACCUGGAUACAAAUGAGUCCUUUAUUUUCAAUUACUACAAGAAUGGACAUGAGCAGAAUCAUAAACGCUAUGAAGUUCUGGGACAUUCUAUUACCCAGUAUGUUUAUGAGCUCCUGGAAAGAGUCUGCAUGCUGCAGAAGGUUUAUAUUCCUACUGACGCCACAGAGGAUGAACCAAGAAGCUUCUUUUUCAUGAGCAAGGAUGCAUUAACAAGUUCCUCUAGCCUGAUUAUCUUUCUUCAAGACCAUGGAGUUUUUUGUGCUGGACAGUGGGGGCGAAGGGCAAUUGUCAGCGAGGGCCUGAAACAUGGAACACAAAUACCAUUCAUCAAAAUGGCCCUGCAGAGCCACUGGGAAGUGAUUGUACUGAACCCCAAUGACAAUUUCACUGAUCUGAACACUGCAAAAGAGAGACUUUCUGCCAGGGAAGAAGGGCUUACUUUUACACAGUCUGUCUGUUGGAUCCCCAAAAGGGGCAGCAGGAGCCCUGAAGAGCAUACUGUGUAUGUAUGGGAUCAUUUCAUUGCAAAGAGUGCAGCCAGGAACGUGGCCUUCAUUGCCCAUGGCUAUGGUGGGUUGGUGUUCGUUGAUCUGCUGGUGCAGAGGAAAUGUGAGGUGAUGAAUAAAGUGUACUCUGUGGCGUUCAUCGACUCUGCGCACAACAUGCAGCACCAGAGCGGACAUGAUCCAGAAAUACAGGAAUGGAUGCACAAAAACUGCCGAGAAUGGGUGUCAAACAGUAAACCCCUAAAUAAAACUGUGCACUUUCUCACGAGAGUAAAUUGUCCUACUUUCUCUGCUGGAACAGAAAAGUAUGGUUUAGCACCCUCCUGCUGCUUACAGCCCAUCUUUAAGUACUUGAAGAGCAUGCUGAAAGCCAAGAUCACAACAGCCUUGAGGAAUUCACCUGUUGCAACCAGAAGCAGCACAAGAAAGAAGAGAGGCAAUAAAGUUACACUGGUUUGUUCUUGAUAAUAGUCUCUUCCUUUCAUAAGUGCCUCUCCACCUUUCAGUCACUUAAGUACCUUCAUCUUGCUGUGGAGAAAUUCACAGUUCUAAGUUUGAAACUAUGUUUGGUUUUGAGAAGAAAAACACAGAAGUUAACUAUUAGGAAAGACAUGCAUUGUCGAAAGCCUUAAGCCACAACCCUUUGGCUAGCUGUGAAAUUUAAAGUUGAAUUAAAGAUGUUAAGGUAUACGGACUCUCAUCUGUCAUUUUCUAUAAUAAACAUUCUAUAGUUUUGGCUCUAUAAUCAGACUAAACCAUCAGGAAAACAUUUGUUUAAGUGCUUAGCUUCAUUAGAAGGCCAAAUCUGGAAUAGCAAAAGCAUCUAUAAACAAUCUGUUUCCUCCUAUGCACCAUGUAUUGUUUAAAAUCUUUCAAGAUCUACCUUCCUCCUUGAAACAUUUACUGUUAAGCUGAACAAUGCUUCGUGGAAGUACAUACUACUACCUUCCCUCCAGUCAGAGCUGGAGGGAAGGAAACAUGACACAUGGAGGUAAAAUAAUUUCCAUUUUAAAGCCAACUAAGCGAGUGAGAAUACUGGACAUGAGCUGCUGUAGAUACAGUAGUCUGGCAACUUGCAGUUACCAAACUGAUGCAAAGGAAUGACACUGCUGCUUCCUCUAAGCUGUUUAACUUUAGACAGAGGUGGGAAAUACAGUUUUUAAAUUUACAUACUCAAGGUGUGUAAUGUGUACAAGCAGAAGUUUAAAUAAUCUUUAAAAUGAAUGUAGACAAAAGAAUUAUUCUUAAUUUCCAGUUCAAAACCAUGAGAAUCAAAAGUGUUCAAUGGCCACAAAAAAGGAUCCUUUGGACGAUGACAAAACCUUCUCCUACAAGUGUGGAACAUUCCAAUCUCAGUGAAAAAAGCUGUUGAACAGUAGUAAUGGGUAU